UUAUUUGAAACAACACCAACAAUCAAUUAAGCUAAGUCAUCCGACUCUUCGCCACAAGUCUCCAAAACUCCAUCCCUUCAAAACGCGACCAAAUCCGCCAAUACAAUUACAAUUUUCCAAAAUUUUCCAACCAACUAACAAUGUCUAUAUAACAUAUACAUAUAAAAUCCUUGCAGUAGAUCAUGGUAAUGUUGUAGUCCAACACCUUGCGAGGUCAGUUCAUUUUGGUAUUAAACGAUUUGGGAGUAUCAUUGUCCUUCAGAAAUUUCUCUUAAUUUACAUACUUAUUGGCACCUUGUCCCUAAAUUAACGAACUAGCUCAUAUUUUCUCUAACUUAUUUUAACCAUGUUGCUAAUCAUUUUUUUUCUUGCAAUUAUCUCCCUAAUAAUACUUUUCCUUCUUCUAAACCCUAAAAAGAAUGACCCAUUUCACCCUCCACCCGGACCUAAAGGGAUCCCUUUCAUCGGAAACCUACACCAAUUCGUCACCUCGAAUCCCCACGUCUACUUCGCCGAGCUUGCCAAGACCUACGGCCCGAUCUUGACCCUACGGUUCGGCCGAGUACCCGUUGUUGUGGUUCAAUCGGCUAAGCUAGCAAGGGAAGUGCUCUACACACAAGACCUCAACUUUUGUAGCAGACCGCCUAUGGUUGGGAUUCAAAAGCUAAGUUAUAAUGGAUUAGACAUAGCUUUUGCUCCUUAUAGUGAUUAUCAAGUGAAGAUUAAGAAGAUAAGUGUUGUUCAUCUUUUUAGCUCUAAGAGAGUUGAGUCUUUUGCUCCUAUACGCCAAGAAGAGGUUUCGAGGAUGGUUGAUAAGGUUUCUUCACUUUCUUCGGGUGGCGAAAUCGUAAAUUUGACGCAUUUGUUGGCUGAUUUUUCAAGGUUGAAUGUAUGUAGAACUGCUUUUGGCAAGAGGUAUGAAGAUGAUGAAAAGUCACAUAACAGAUUUCAUAACAUCAUACGAGAAGCAGAAGAAAUGUUCACAACCUUCUUCUUUAGUGAUUAUUUUCCUUGUAUUAUUGGGUGGCUCGAUAAGCUAACUGGUAAAUUCUCUAAACUUGAGAGAACAUUUAAGGAUUUGGAUGAAUUCUUUGAAGAAAUCAUUAAUGAUCAUCUUGAUCAAAACAAGCCUGAAUCUGAACGAGAAGAUUUCGUUGAUGUUCUACUCCAACUCAUGAAGGAGAGAUCAUUAGAGCUCACUUUGGAUCACAUCAAAGCAGUCUUAAUGGUUAUAUUAAUAGCUGGAACAGAUACAAGUGCAUCCAUGGUGAUAUGGACAAUGGCAGAGCUAAUGAAGAACCCUAAUUCAAUGAAAAAAGUAAAAGAAGAGCUUCGAAAUGUCAUGCAACACAAGGGAAGAUGCAUCCACAAUAAUGACCUUAUAGAUCUUAAGUACUUCAAGGCAGUGGUAAAGGAAACAUUUAGGCUACAACCAGCAACACCGUUGCUAGUUGUUCACGAAUGUAUCAGGAAAAGUACCAUUGAAGGGUACGAUAUUUUACCUAAAACACUUGUAUACGUGAACGCAUGGGCUAUCGGAAGAGAUCCGCAGUAUUGGAAAGACCCGGAGAAAUUCAUGCCAGAAAGGUUUUUGGAAUGUUCGAUUGAUUUCAAGGGAAAUGAUUUUGAAUUAAUUCCGUUUAGAGCUGGAAGAAGGAUAUGUCCUGGAAUGCAUCUUGGUCUUGCUAACAUGGAACUUGCACUCGCAAAUUUGUUGUACUACUUUGAUUGGGAAUUGCCAUAUGGUUUGAAGAAGGAAGAUAUCGACAAUGAUGCGCUCCCUGGCAUCACUAUGCAUAAGAAAAAUCCUCUAUGUCUUUUGGCCAAAAAAAUAUAAUACUUUUACUUCAAGCAUCAUUGUAAACAACAUUAUAAAACGGAAUAAACAGAAAGUAUGGAGAUAAUUUUGAAACA